AUGAAUGAGAAUGAGAAAGAAUCCAAGAAUGUCAAGUUAGGCGUACUUGAAGAAGUGGCUAAUAUGUCAGUGGAUGAGUUGACUAAUCUUGAACAACAAUUGGCUAGUGAAUUCAACACAUUGAGUAAAGAAUACCUUGAGAGUCGUUUAUCACGAAUUAAUACCAUAUUAGAUAAAUUAAAUAGUCUGAUCAAAUAUGCAACUGCAAAUGACAAAAGUUGGUUAAAGAUUUACAAUUUUGAAAUCGAAACUAUAAAUAGUAUAAUGACAAACACAGAAGAUUUAAUAAUAUCCAAUAAUGGAGAUUUGAAAAACAAACCUGAUUUGUUAAAAUCUAUUGAUGAAUAUCAAGAAGAAUUGAAGGAAAUUUUUAAAAACUUACAAAGUCCUUUUGAUUUUGAUAGUACUUUCAGGUAUGAUAACGACGAUAAAUUGAAUGAUGGCAGUAAUCCGAAUUUAUCAAAAUUACCUUUUUCCCAUUUAUUUAACGAUUACUUUAAAAAACAUCGUGAUGCUUUAAAUGCAAUUAUUAAAGAAAAGGAUUAUCAAGCCAAUUUGCUUCAUAAUAAUCUGUACGGUAAUCGGGUCAUUCUAUGGAAACAAUACUAUAACAAGUUAAAUCAACAGAAACAAAAGUUGAUUGAUAAGACUAAUGAUCAGUUGAAUCAAUUAUACAAAGACUACUAUCAUUUGAAUGAGCAAAAAAAUCUAGAUUUUUCAGAACGGCAUUAUUAUAGGUCUUUAUUAACUCCGAAAGAACUAGCUACUACCAUUGAUGACAGUAUCAAUACCGUGGAUACACAGGAUGUUGCAGCAGUACUUGAGACCAACCAUGAUUCUAAUUAUGUUGAAUUAGAUACUAGACACAAGAGUAAGAAUAAAAUUGAGAUUUCUGACAUUCGAAAAAAGAUCAUUGAUGAAGAUCAAAUGUUGAAUAAUAUUAGCUGCGGUAUUAAGCGAUCAUGGGAUGAAACUGAUACUAAUACUAGUAUAGACCCUUUGAAAAGGAGUCGUUUUAGUUUAACUGAUGCAGAAGCCAUUGAAGAUCUACUACUGAUUAGACACAAUAUUACCAAGCAAAAUUCACACCAUGAACAGAAUAAAAAUCAACAGAAGGAAGGAAUUGAACAGAAUCAAGAGAAUCAACUGGAGGAAGUUGAUAUUGAUGAAGCAGAAGAAGAAGAAGGCCAGGAACAAUCAAUACAGCAUAAUCAAGAAGGCGUAGAACGAGAAGGAGAAGAAGAAGAAGAAUAUGGAGAAGAAAUGGACUCCGACAAUGAUAGGGAAGAGACAGAAGCACCAAUAGAGUCGAUUCUAACAUCUGAACAAAAAAAUCAACGUGAACUAUAUAAAGAAAUUAUAUUCAAAAAUGAUACUACUGAAGGUAUGAAAAUACAAGGUUUACCUCCAUUGGAUUGUUUCCCCAGAUUUUUCAAUUAA